AGGAAAUGUUCAGUUGGAUGCUCAAAUCAUGUUUGUGAGACUAAAACGAAAAUUUUGAAUUUCUUCUGCUUUGCUCAGCUCCGGAGGCGAUGGCUAUGGGUAUGGCGGUAGACACGGUAGGCGAGUUAGGCUUUCCGUAUUGGAAUCCAAUCCGACGAAGAUUUUCUCCCGAUUCGCCUUUCUUUGCAUCUGGAAAUGUCGAGCGAGAGCUACUUGCUAAACAGGUGGCAUUGGACUUAACCCAAGAUGAAAUCAACCAUCUGCAGAAAUUCGUGGAAACUGAAAGCAGAAGAAUCUCGUGUCCCAUUGUUGGCUGCCCUGAGCGCCUGAAAUCUUUGGACCAUUUUGAAGAUCACUAUAACGCACGGCACACUGCGUCUUGUUCAGUAUGCUCAAGGGUCUACCCUACUUCUCGCUUACUAAGUAUUCAUAUAUCCGAAGCACAUGACUCUUUCUUUCAAGCUAAAGUUGCUCGGGGUUAUGACAUGUACGAGUGCCUCGUGGAAGGGUGUGGAUUGAAGUUCAAGAGCUACAAAGCCCGGCAUCGACACUUAAUUGACAAACACAAGUUCCCAUCGACAUUUGAGUUCUUCAAGAAGACCCAACUCUCAAAGAAACGAAGAGAGAAACUUCAAAGACAACAUGUAUCAAGGCUGAAACAUGAAGAAGACAAAGAAGCUGCUUCGUCAGAUGCCAUGGAAGUGGAAGACAAAGCCAGCGUAGACGGUCUUGUUUCAGCACUGUCCACGCUAACUACCUCAGACACAACUCCUUCGAAUGUCAGCUUCGGUCGACGCCAUGGUCGUGUGCUGACCUUUGUUCCACGGUCUGUUCAUAAGGAGAAACGGACAGAAUCUUCGUCUGCACCAGGGCCAACGAAUUAGUCAUGUGCUUAUAUAGUUCCUCCUAGUCUGCGGUAAGAUAAUGAAGAAAAAAAUUAUGUACUAACAGUGUUAGCUGCUGAGUCUUUUGACGAAUGCACUUGAGUAACAAACGAUCUAAACUUGUGGUUUUAGUAAUUAAGUAAAAUUCGAGCAA